CUAGAGGCUAAGGAGAUUCUGAAAAAGGUGGGCGAUUUCCAAAAGCAGAAUCUGAAUUUUUUUUAAUUUUCUCUUUCUUUAAUAAUUUUCCUUUCUAAUUUUCAAAUCCAAAAUAAAUAAAAAAUCACAAAAACCCAAAAAAGAAAAAAAGAAAAAAAGCUCACUCUCAUUAGAGAGCACUUCUGUUUUCUUCAAGAUCAAAGCGCUCUCUUUCUCUCUCUGGAGAUACGAUGGCGUUUUGGUGGCCGAUCAUCGUUCUAGCCAUUGCUUAUGCGAUCUGUCGUUUCUUACUCAUGCUCAUUCCUCCAAAUGUUCCUUCUAUUGACGUCGACACUUCCGAUGUGUCGGAUGACGGGAACCAAACUCAAGAAAACAGCUUUAUUUACAUACCGCCAAGGGGAAGAACGCAACAAUCAGACAGAAAAGUUCAAUGCUAUGAGCCUGCUACCAUGAAAUACUUGGGCUUUUUCCCGGCAUUGACACCUGCUGAGGUUGAGGAGCGUGUGGCACAAGCAAGGAAAGCGCAGAAAAUUUGGGCAAAAAGUAGUUUCAAGCAAAGGCGACAGUUUUUGCGAAUUCUUUUAAAAUAUAUUAUUGAACACCAAAAGCUUAUAUGCGAAGUCUCUUCACGAGAUACUGGGAAAACAAUGGUUGAUGCCUCUUUAGGUGAAAUAAUGACAACAUGUGAGAAGAUCACUUGGCUUCUUUCAGAGGGUGAAAGGUGGCUCAAGCCUGAAUACCGAUCUUCUGGAAGAUCAAUGCUUCACAAGAUAUCCAAAGUGGAAUUUCACCCGCUUGGUGUAAUUGGGGCUAUUGUUUCAUGGAAUUACCCUUUUCAUAAUAUUUUUAAUCCAAUGCUUGCAGCAGUCUUUUCAGGAAACAGUGUGGUGAUCAAGGUUUCUGAACAUGCAAGCUGGUCUGGAUGUUUCUACUUUCGGAUAAUCCAAUCAGCUCUUGCUGCUGUUGGAGCUCCUGAAAAUCUGGUUGAGGUGGUUACAGGCUUUGCUGAAACAGGAGAAGCACUGGUGUCUUCUGUUGAUAAAAUCAUAUUUGUCGGAUCACCAGGUGUGGGACAGAUGAUAAUGAGAAAUGCUGCUAAGACCCUUGUACCAGUUACACUUGAGCUUGGUGGGAAAGACGGAUUUAUUGUGUGUGAAGAUGUAGAUAUUCCUCAUGUUGCACAAGUUGCUGUCAGGGCUGCUCUCCAAUCAAGUGGGCAGAAUUGUGCUGGAGCUGAGAGAUUUUAUGUUCACAGGGAUAUUUAUACUUCAUUUGUGAAUCAAGUGGCUAAGAUUGUGAAGUCUGUUUCAGCUGGCCCACCACUUGCUGGAAGAUAUGAUAUGGGUGCCAUUUGCUUGCAAGAGCAUUCUGACAAGCUUCAAAACCUUGUAGACGAUGCUGUAGACAAAGGAGCAGAAAUUGUUGCUCGUGGAAGUUUUGGCCAUUUAGGUGAAGGUGCCGUUGAUCAUUUUUUCCCCCCUACUGUGCUCAUAAAUGUAAACCAUACAAUGAAGUUGAUGCAAGAAGAGGCUUUUGGACCAAUCAUGCCAAUAAUGAAAUUUAGCACAGAUGAAGAGGUUGUCGAGCUUGCAAAUGAUUCAAGAUAUGGGCUUGGCUGUGCUGUUUUUUCUGGCAGUCAGCGGCGUGCAAAGGAGAUAGCUUCCCAAAUACACUGUGGAGUUGCUGCAGUUAAUGAUUUUGCAUCAACUUAUAUGUGCCAGUCGCUGCCAUUUGGCGGAGUAAAAGACAGUGGAUUCGGGCGAUUUGCUGGUGUCGAGGGAUUGAGAGCUUGCUGUCUGGUAAAAUCCGUUGUUGAGGAUAGAUGGUGGCCUUAUAUCAAGACCAAGAUACCAAAGCCUAUUCAGUAUCCUGUUGCUGAGAAUGGGUUUGAGUUUCAACAAUCACUUGUGGAGGCACUUUAUGGCUUGAACAUUUUGGACCGUCUCCGGGCACUAGUCAAUGUUCUAAAGAUCAUUUCCGAGCAAAGUUCUGUUGCCAGUAGCAAGAGAAAUGACUGAGUUGACACCAAGAGUGAGCUCUCUAUUUUACUUGAUCAUUAAAUUUCAGUAAUGUAAUGAGUCUCAUUAUCUUUUCCAAAACUUUAAGUCCCUUUUUGGUAACAUCUUAUGGAACCAUCCGACAAAAUUGCCCUCUAUUCCUAUAACUUUUGCUUGGUAAUAUGUGAGGAGAAACAUCA